GAGUUGCACCGUGCAGUCGAGACCUGUUGCAGUACGUUCGAACACAUCACGCAGGACACCUGUGUAAGCGAUACAGAGAUUGAAAUGCACUAACCCUGUGGAGUGGUGAGGCGAGAUAACGCACAGCGUGUUACGCAUUCCAACAAAUUUUGUCCCUGUGGAAAAAGUGAAUUUGGUACACAUUGGCUUGGGACAUCGAAUACGGUGAUUGAACGUGCAUUUCUCUGCAACUUACAAGUAGAUGGUUUGUGACUGGAUGCUGUGUGUUUCUCCUGCUUAAGACGAUUAAUUUGAAAGUAGUGCUUGUUGAGGAAGUUGGAACAUGAUGGAUGGAGACUCGGAUUCGGAGAGGUCUGCUUCGUUGAGACAUCAAGAUCAGACAAGUCUUGAAGAUGCCUUGGUUGAAGCACGGAAAUGGAUCGAGAAUGUUACUAGAAAGAAGUUUCAAUCCGAUGAUUUCCGCAGAUCAAUGACGGAUGGCAUUCUACUGUGCAUGUUAAUGCAGAAAAUUAGGCCAGGAUUAAUCAAGAAAAUCAACCAGUCACGUUCAAUUUACGCUGGAGUGGAUAAUUUGAAUGUGUUUCUUGGGGCGUGUGAGGAUCUGGGACUGAAGGCUGCACAGUUGUUCCAUCCAGGGGAUCUACAAGACUUGUCCAGCAGAGCCAGUUUGUCGGUACAUGAUAGGAGAAAAGAGGAAGAACGCCGAUUGAAAAGUGUGUGCAUCACAAUAUUCUGGCUGGGCCGGACUGCCAACCAGCUGGACACCUUCACUGGUCCCCAGCUCAACUUGGAUGCAUUUGCUCCCUUGAUACACGGCUCCUCCUCACUGGUCAAGGGUCUGUCACCUGAUAACGCCAGCAGUGGCGUGUCUUCCUGGGCAAGCGGCGGAAGCCUCAACAACAACCUCCGCACAAGUCUUGGCUACAAUGAUGACGUCUUCACCUCAGAUGGCAUAGACCUGACUGCCAUCGCCCCUGAAAAGUACUCGGAACCCAAAUGGAAGCGAGACCUUAAGAAGGAACUUGAUAGCUCUGUGCCUGGAUUGUCUGAAUACGCUGACCACGCCAACAGUAGACCCAUCUUGAGGAUGGACACCUCACGCCGCAGACCGCCGCCCGUCGCGGCUAAGCCAUUGCACUCCCGCAGCAAGAGCAUGCCAGAGAGGUCCACCUUGGAGCGGCAGAACUCGGUGGAAGAUGAGGAUUCCCAAUCUUACCGCAGUGGGUCAUCGGGAGACCCGACAAGUCCCACAACGUAUGACGAGUUUGUGAAGAGCAAAGGCUUGGUACAGGAGGACCAGGAAAUGUGGAUGUCGAUGGCUGAUGCUGGGUCGACAGUGCUGUCCGUUCAACGGAGUUUGGACUCCUGGAAGUCACGUCGAAGACGUGCCACUCACUCCGCCCUUGAGAGAAAGGCAUCCCGAGAGGAAGUUGAGCAGCAGGAGCUAUCAAAACAGAGAAGGCGUAGCAAGACAUACCAAGAGAUGAUGGAGGAAAAGGAGAAACGGGAGAAAAUUUUGAUGAAGAUGGCUUCUAAGAACAAGUCUCUGGAUGCAGAGGACAUUGUGCACAUCCUCACCAAACCCGCGCUGUAUGAGGAAGAAAUCCGAGACGUGCCUGAGCGACGCACCCGGUCCAAAUCCAUACCCGGCAAUUUCAAACAAGGGGAGUCUAUGCCCUCCAUGUUUGAUGCCACUAAUCCCACUUACUCUGUUGACUCCACUGACGCCCCUUCACUGAGCCGUCAACCCCCUCCUGAUGUCUUCCCCAAGCCCAAAGUCCGACGAAGUGGUGUUGGGAGUGCUUUUGCCCCUUACCAGCGAACAAACAGUCGUGAAAGCAAUAAGGGCAGCCGAACGGUCCUGAGCUCCCAACGUGUGGAUGAUUUCACCAAUCUCCGACCGGGACAUGUGGAACCUAUGACAUUCCGCGAGAAGCUCCUCCGUGACCGAGAACGGGAAAUUGGCCUGUCAGCCGUGCAGAGGGACUCCAAAUCAUCAGCCCGACUGCCGCAGAAGAAAAGACUGAGCUUGGGCAUCAUGGGAAGGGUGGCCGCAUUCAACAAGGGUGAAACUGAGGUGGAGACCCAGCCUAAAUUGCAACCUCCAAGGCCAGCCCCCAAACCGGAGCCAGAGUACAUGGCACUGACUAUCAACAUGAAGCAGAAACCAAGAAACGAAAACGGCUUUGGAUUCACCAUCUUCGGAGGUGCAGACAGCAAAAGGCCAAUUGUUGUCACCAGCAUAACACCCGGAAGCACAGCUGACAAGAAUGAACUCAGAGUAGGGGAUGAGAUCAUCGCCAUCAAUGGCGAGACGACCAAGAUGGUUACCUAUGACCACGCUCUGUACUGCUUCAGUUCCUCUGUCUUGGAUGGAGAGCUUACACUGAAAGUUCAUCGCUAUGAAGAUCUGGGAAAGAGAGUCCGUAGCACUUCAGGCACUAGAAGCACCGAGCACACCACAGCUAAAUCAGACACCUCUGAGUUUGCCAAGCGUCGGGCCUUCUCACAGCCCUCAGACCCCAAAAACCUCUCGCAGGCCGCCAGAGCCAGGAAGAUCCUACAACAGAUGAGGGACGAGGAGCAGAGAAUGGAGGAUUUGAGAUGGGAGAGAGAGGAGGAGAGAAUGGGUGCAACAGUCAACGGCAAUCAGAAUUGGAAUCACAGUGACAACAAGCAAGGCCCCUUGAGGGCGUACUACGAUGAACCAGAGCCUGAAGAGCGACCCUUAGGUGAUGCUAUCCCAUCAGGCCCGGCAGCCUCCUCUGUGUCUGAACCUGCAGACUCUGUCCCUUUUAAGAAUUGGGAAGACACCCAGAUGAGUCCAAAUCACACCUCGUUUAUUGAACCAGAAAUCAAGCAGGAUGUUGUGAAGCCAGUAGAAAAACCUGACCCCUUUUCAAAUCUUGAAAGAAACUCUCCUAGUAGGGAAGAGUAUGGGGAAUCCGCUCAAAUUAGCAUUGAGGUGAAAGGUGAUGAAAUAUCUCCCAAACGGGAUACCAUAUCACCCAAUACAGGGAUUGUGUCAGAUAACUUAACAGAGGAUGUUGAUGGAAAAUAUCCCUAUGAUGGCGUAAUUAACUUAAAGCCAAAGGUUGAGGGAGAUCGCAUUGAACCUGUAGAAACUGUUGUUAAGACUGAAGUAGCUAAAGAACAAUCAGUAAACCUGUUGAAGCUGCUAGGACAUGACGCUCUUGAAACACCCCAAUCUGGCCCCCUGGCAAAAGAUGGGAACAGACCAGAAGAGACUGGGCCUGAUGGGGGUAUAAUAGAUGAUCCUCCAGACAGGAAGACUAAUAAGUCCAAGCCUCAUUCACAUUGGAUUAACAAUUUGGAAAGAUUGACAAUGACUGUACAUGAGAUUGAAAGCGAUGGAGAUAUGUUUUCGUCAGAGGAUGAUGAGAGAAUGGAAGAAGAAAUCAUGAACAAGAUGCAAGAGGAACAACGAGCUGAAGAAGAGGCAGAGGCCAGGCAUCGACGCAUUGAAGAAGAUGAACAAGAUAAGUUGCCGGUAGAAGAGGACUUUAUCACAUCCCGGUCGAAACUGACUGAAGAAGCACCAAUCAGCAAACAGCAACACACAUCCGAGGAGAGCGCUCCUCCUCUGUUGCCCUGGCAACGCUCAGGAGACAGCGGUAAAAUGCCCAAGUUCCAGCCAGUGAAAUUCUCUGCAGGUCCAAGGCCAUUCUCGAACCGGCAGGGUCCUGAGCCAUACAAGCCACCAUCUUUCAAGCCGGUCAGUGUAAAGGACAGUGCGCCGGAUGUCAAGCAAGACAUGCUGAAGCGGCGGUCGGACUUCUUUAGUAAGCCACCAGAGAUAGGCCUCUUGCCUGUCUUUGGUUACUCAGAUGAUGAGAGAGACAGAGAUAACAGAAGUGGCACUUCUAGUCCAGUCAUCGGUGCCAGUGUGACUGCUGAAGUACAAGAGCCAACUGAGGCUCUUAUUGAAUUGCAGGCCCAAGAACCUGUGGAAUCAGUCGCCAAACCACCACCUAAACAGCCUUUAUCACUUGCGUCCCGUAAGGCGUUCAAUGUUGAAGAAGAGAGAAAGAGACUGGAGCGAUGGCACGCUGAGCAGGAGAGGAUUCGGCAGGAACAGUACGAACAGGAGCAGAGACGGCUUCGUGAGCAGCAGGAAAAAGACCUGGAGCGGGCAGAAUCUGAAGAACGACGGAGGAAGAUGGAAGAACAACAGAAGCUGAUAGAGAAACAGCAGAUACUACAAGAACAGGCUGCCGAGGAGAAGAGACGAUUGGAGGAAGAACGCAAAGAGAGGGUGAAGAAGGAGCAGGAAUACUUAGAGCGGGCGAGAUUGGAGCGGGAAGCUGCGGAGAGAGAGAGAUUGAAAGAUGAGGAAGAGCAACGGAAGAUGGCCGCUGAGAGGAAGAGGAGAGAAGAGGAACGGCUGAGGAAAGAGGAAGAAGAGCGACAGAGGAAAGGGGCAGAGAGGAGAAAGGCUGAGGAAGAGGAGCAGAGACAAAGAGAAGAGGAGGAGAGGCAUCAGAGGGAGCUGGAACAACUGGAACAAGAAGCGGAAGAACGGAGGAUUGCCAUCAACAAAUUACGGGAGAAAGAGGCCGAGGAGAGGGCACGAAGGAAAAAGGAAGAAGAAGCUAGGCUGGCUCGGGAGCAACAAGAAAAAGAAAAGGAGAGGUUUGCCCGACUGCGAGAGGAGGAGAUUGAGCGCAUCCGACGGGAGGAGAGAGAAAAACUUCGGAAGGAAUGGGAGGAACUGCAGAGAGAGAAAGCAAAGCAAGAGGAGAGGGAACGAGCAGAGCGGGAGAGGUUGGAGCAACUCAGAGCCGAGCAAGAGCGGUUACGACAGGAACGCAUCAAGCUAGAAAAGCAACAAGAAGAGGAACGACUUCAACUGCUUAGGGAGAAGGAACGCUUAUUGGAACAGUCGACCAGUACCAAGCUUGAUGCUGACAAAAUCCCAUACAACAAACAGGAUAGGGACCGAGGAUCUAAAAGCCCAGAUGUCAUUGGCAAAAACAAUCGAUCUGAGGAACAUGAAGUCCCAGUCAAAGAGGAAAUAAUUGUGAGUCAAGAGGAGACUGAUGUACACAGUGCUCCUCCUUCAAAGCCUCACGAUUCCUUCAAGGUCCCUGGGCAAGGUUAUAUGUCACAGUUCAAAGAUGGUAGAAUGGCAACUCAGCAUUGGAUGGUUGAAGAAGCUGAACGGAGACGACUGGCGGAAAAAACUGGCACGACCCGUCUUCACGAUCCUGUUGAAGUUCACAAUGAUCCUAUCCUCAGGAAAGAUCUCGACAUGGAACCAGUACUGGAGAAGAAGAACUAUGCCCCAGAACACGUGGCCCCGGUACGCCACAUGGACAAGCCAGCCAAUCAAGAACCAGUGGGGAAGACAAGAGACCACAAUAGGCAGCCACCUCCAUCAUCGCAGAACUCCCAGAACCAAACCUACCGGGAACUCGCAGUUGAUGUCCCUCCAGACUUUCAGCCAGCUCCCCGGAGAUUGCGGGCACCGGAGAUAGACGCAGAGAAGAAGAAGAAAAUUCAAAAUCGCCAGUCCAUGCCCGACAUGGGAAACCGUGUGCCGGACGUUGUCAGAAAUGAUGCAUACACACCACCACCACCUCAAACCUCAGACAGGAACAGUGGACGCAUGCCAGACAACUUUCUACAGCAGCCUCAGCUCGGCCCCCCAGGUCGCACCUCCGCCUUUCAGCAACCUAGCAAAAAGCCUGCCCCCGGGCGUUCAGUCAGCGGCAAAGUCACCUGCAGCAACUGCAACAAAUCCCUUGGCCGGGGGGCAGCCAUGAUAAUUGAAUCCCUGGGCCUUCAUUUCCACAUUGAGUGUUUCCGGUGCUGUGUAUGCAACAUCCAGCUUGGAAACGGAACACAAGGAACAGACGUACGAAUACGAGCCUCAAAACUCCACUGUCAAAACUGCUACAGCAAUGACGCAGGAUUUGAGUUCACAGAAGUCUGACAUGGAGGAAGAAGCUAAAUAGGCAUCUGAAGUAUGGUCCAAGCAACUUCCAAUCUCUGCAGUGAUGACAUCUUUAGACAAGGUGUACAGUUCAAGCAAGUGGUGGUCUUUCCAACGUAUCUCUGUCCUUUGUUUACAGUCCAGGUGACUCCUGUGUAGACCGUGUCCCUGCUCAACAGCGACAGGCAUUUUGAAGACCAUUACUGCCCUAUGCCCAGUGCCCUUGGAAUCGUGCUGUAGAGUUUUGUGCAUUUGAGAUGAAACUUGGCUGUGCAUACCUUCUGCUGUAACAGCCAAUUUUAGCCAACAUUUUUAAUGUUAUCCUGACAUGUUGCUGUUUUUAUUUCCAUACCUCAUACUCAUUCAUGAUUGAAACUCCAUUCGUCAACAUGCCUCAGUCACUUUUGUUGCUGUCCACAAGGGGCCCAUUUGAGAAAAGUCAAAUGCAUAAGCGUAGUGUACUACGCAUGUGCUUUAUAAAGCUAACAUAGAAUUGUUGUCUGGGAGUAGUAGGCACACCAUAGCUGCACAUAGAAUUAUGGUAGAUGGAUGCAAAUGUUGAUCAGCAUUUUAAAAUAUGCCUGAUAUUGUAAUGGCAACUGAAUAUGUAUGAGGCAUGCCACAAGUAUGAAAUAGUUUAUACCAGGUGGAUGGUUGAUGUCAGCUCAACUUGGUGGAGAGUACCGAAGUGAAUACGUCGCAUGCACAAUUCCGCGUGUAAGAGCCAUUAGAACCAGCUUGUGAACCAAUCGACAUGUAGUCUUUUUUUUUUUUUUUUUGCAUUACACUUCCUGGUUCGAACUGACGUCACACUUCAGCAUUCUGUUGAAAGUUGAGAAACUUGGUUCCCUUGGCUUUGCCUCAAAGCUACUAUUCACCCACAGAUUUGUAUACCGAGGUGCACCACUUUCGAAUUGCAAUGCUAAUGGUGUUCAUCCGAAGGAUCAACCACCUGACCUUUUGUGUUUACUUUUUUUUACAACUUUUUGCUUUACUUGAUUUUAUAGCCUUAGAUUUUUUUAUGAAUAGCACUAAGUAAUAUGGCUCUGAUCUUCAAAUGGCAGGUUUUUGCAAGGUUCCGUUUACUGACUAGAUACUAGUAAUCAGUUGGAUCAAUUAUUUUCAACUUUUAUUCAGUAUUUCAUGUAAAGUAAGUAAAACAAAUCAUGCUCGACUCUAGGUUAGCAAAGUUGUAAAAUAAAAAAGCUGCAAAGAUAUUUUCCUGAUUAAAGUCCAUAUUUUGAUACAGUGGUACUUAUUCCUACAGUAGGAAUAGAAGUUGAUGAAAAUUUGAAAGCGGAGUUAGUAUUGUUUAGAUGUGAGAUCUCAUUUGUUGAUCCUUCUGUUGUGUUGAAAAUGUUAAGUAACCAGUCUAGUACAGUAACAUAUUGGUCAGACAGCCUCCAUUUUCUCUGCCAGCAACAAAAACUGCUGAUGAGAAAGUUUGUAAACAAGGUGAAGUCAAAAGUCGACCCAAACCAGUGUGUAAGUCUCAGUAUUUCUGUGGAUAGCUAUGUAGACAAAGCUAUGUGGAAAUUUAAUUUUUCAGUUUAAAGGGAAAUCAUAACACCAGCAUUAUGUAUUAAAAUGAGCGGGCCUGCCUGUUGUAAUUGUCAGCUCUGGCAAAUGUUUAUACUCGUUUGUAUUCUCGUCUGUAUUAAGAUGUAAUUUCUGUUGAAUACAGUGGCUACCCUAGGUAGAAAAUCACCCAAACAAGGAAGUGUUAAAGCCAUGUUGGAAAUAUAGAGAAAAUAGUGGUUACCUGUAAUUAUGUUGGGUGAGGGAAAAAUUGAAACUCAUUUAGUUUAAAAUCUGUAAAUAUUUCAGUUGGUCAUAUGACUGAAUAAAAUUCACAAUUAUGUUAAUUUCUUCCAGAAGAAUGUCAAACAGAUAAAGUAAGGCUUAGUUUUUUGUAUUGCUCAAGUUGGUAUUAAUUUUUAACAAAGAAACUAAUGGUGGUUUUAAAAAAAGUUCUCAUAGCUUUGAUCAAAAUAAGUGAAAAUGCAUCAAGAAGUGGUACAAACAUAGGCUAAUAUGUACAAAGUUGUUAAUUUAAAAAAAAUUCAUUUUCUAAACCAUAAAAUAAGUGUCAUCAGUGUACUUGAAGUUAGUUCAUUAUUUAAUUGACCCAAGUGUAAGCGUACUUGCUGUAUAUGGGAAAUCAGAUAUAGACGUUAGCUGUUUUGGUUAAUAAACAGAACUUAUAUGUAUGACUUCACCUAGUUGAAAUGCAUUAUCAUAAACUAAGCUCACAAGUAGCCAUUACUCCAGUGGCAGCUGAUCUUCAUGUACUCUCUCAAAACUUGAAACAAAAUUAUGACAAAUUUUCAUGAGAUUGGUAACUUGAUCAGGAGUUUACAAUCCUGGCGUUUUCCAGUGGUUUCAAAAUCAGUAGGUUUUUACCGGAAACCCAAUGUUUUAAAUGUUUCAAAUUGUGAAAAAAAUUGGAAAAAACUUGAUCAGGAGUUUACAAUCCUGGCGUUUUCCAGUGGUUUCAAAAUCAGUAGGUUUUUACCGGAAACCCAAUGUUUUAAAUGUUUCAAAUUGUGAAAAAAAUUGUGAAAUGGACCAAAAAUGUUCCGAGACUUUCAAAACCAACCCAGCAUUGUGUAUUAAGAUGGGGAUGCCACACCAAAACAUUUUUACUUGUAGUUCUGUCAUGUUCCAGUGAUACCUAUAGUUGUAAAUCAUAAAAAAACAGGUGGUUUUGUCAUACCCUGAAGUUUCCUUAGUCUCAACUCCCCGUUAACAUUGAGGUUUAUGAAUGCACAUUUAUGAAAACGUAACAUCACAAAGUGAACAUCAUGUAUCUUCAGGUGCCGUAUUUUGCUGCAUGAGAUUUUACUGUUUGAAGUAGUUCUAAAAUGGGAUUUGUAUUCACACCUUUGCCUGUCUGCCUUCCAAAUCAGAAAUCACUAUUUUAAUAUUUUAACAAAUUCAUCUAAAAACAUUGUGUACAGAAUGCGGUUGUGUAUAUUUUUUGGAUUUGUAACUGGAAUAAACAUCACAUCUGCUUACUAUC